AUGGCUGAUUCUCUGGAUAUUGGAGUCCCAUGGAUUAUGUGUCAGCAAGCUGGUGCUCCAAAGCCAAUGUUGGAGACUUGCAAUGGUUGGUAUUGUGAUCAAUACAAACCAAAAGACCCCGAUACCCCUAAAAUGUGGACUGAAAAUUGGACUGGAUGGUUUAAGAGUUGGGGUGGCGCAGACCCACUUAGAACAGCAGAAGAUCUCGCUUUUUCUGUUGCUCGAUUUUUUCAAAAGGGCGGUACAUUACAAAACUACUAUAUGUAUCAUGGCGGUACCAAUUUUGGUAGAACUUCGGGUGGCCCAUAUAUGACCACUUCAUAUGACUAUAACGCACCUCUUGAUGAAUAUGGGAAUCUGAAUCAACCGAAAUGGGGACAUUUGAAGCACCUUCAUGAUGUUUUACAUUCCAUUGAGUAUACUCUCACUCACGGAGAUGUUCACACUCAAAAACUUGAUAAUUCUGUCACGGCCACUGUUUAUCAAACGAAUGAUAAAUCGAGUUGCUUUUUGAGCAAUUCAAAUACUACAACAGAUGUUAAUGUCAAUUUUGGAGGAAUCGAUUACUUUGUUCCAGCAUGGUCUAUUAGUAUUCUUCCGGAUUGUAGGGAAGAAGCAUAUAAUACGGCAAAGGUUUAUGCUCAAACUUCAAUGAUGAUUAAGAAAUCAAACAAAGCUGAAGAUGAGCCGGAUUCUCUGAAAUGGACUUGGAGACCUGAAUUGAUUGAAUCGGCUUCGGUUCAAGGAAAGGGAGAUGUUUCCGUUAACAGGAUUGUUGAUCAAAAAGAUAUGGCAAAUGAUGCUAGUGACUACUUGUGGUAUAUGACAAGUGUCGAGCUUGCAAGAGAUGAUCUCACGUUAAAUGAAACCGUGACUCUUCGUGUAACUGAUACUGGCCAUGUUCUUCAUGGUUUUAUCCAUGGAAAAUACAUCGGUUCUCGAUGGGCAAAAUAUGGCAACAACGUGACGUACGUUUUCGAGAAAAAUAUCAAUCUAUCACCGGGAAGAAACUUGAUAUCGUUACUUAGUGCUACAGUUGGAUUCAAGAACUAUGAAGCAAAGUUUGACUUGGUUGGAGCUGGAAUUACAUCACCUGUAGAAUUGGUUUUGAAGAAGGGAGACGAGACAAUUAUCAAAGAUCUAUCUUCAAAUAAAUGGACCUAUAAAAUAGGUUUGGAUGGAAUUUCAAACAAAUUUUUUGACCCUUCAAAAUCAUCGUUGAAAUGGAUUUCAGAUCAAAUUCCAAUUAACAAGAACUUCACUUGGUACAAGACAACAUUCAAGGCUCCUUUGGGGAACAAACCAGUUGUGGUGGAUUUACUGGGUUUAGGAAAAGGCAUGGCCUGGGUGAAUGGUCAUAGUCUUGGUAGAUAUUGGCCGAGUUAUAUAGCUAAUAAGCAGCUUUGCAAGACAAAGGCUUGUGAUUAUCGUGGCAGAUAUAGUGAUAAAAAAUGUCUUUCCAAGUGUGGUGAACCUACCCAAAGAUGGUAUCAUGUCCCUCGAUCAUUUUUUGAAGAUGGUGAUAAUACAUUGGUUUUGUUUGAAGAAUUUGGUGGUAAUCCUUCAUAUGUACAAUUUCAAACCGUUGAAAUUGGAUCGAUUUGCAUUAAUGCUUACGAAGGAAAACGGGUGGAAUUGUCUUGUCAUAAUCGACCGAUUUCAAAGAUUGAAUUUGCAAGUUUUGGUCAUCCACAAGGUGUUUGUGGAUCAUUUGAGAAAGGUGAAUGUGAAUCGGAUGUGGAUGUAGUAUCGAUACUGGAAAAAGAAUGCGUAGGGAAAGAGUCAUGUUCAUUCGAGAUUUCUCAAGACAAAUUUGGAAAAGCUUAUUGUGAAGUUAGAAGAUUAACCGUGGAAGCCGUUUGUGAAGAUUUUAUAUUUUAA